AAGGCACCUGGGCCGCCGCCCCUGCCAGCCCCUCCUCCCGCGGCCGGGAAAAGGAAAGUCGCGGCGGGGGCGCGGCUCGGCCUCCGUCCCCGCCCGCCCACCCGCCGUCCUGCCGGCCGGAGCCGCGGCGCCCAGAGCUGCGAGCCGCGCGCUCCUCCGCCGCCCCGGCCCGGGCCGCCAUGUCGCUGUGGAAGAAAACCAUCUACCGGAGUCUGUGCCUGGCCCUGGCCCUGCUCGUGGCCGUGACCGUGUUCCAGCGCAGUCUCACCCCCAGUCAGUUUCUGCAGGAGCCUCCGCCGCCCACCCUGGAGCCACAGAGGGCCCAGAAGCCAAACGGACUGCUGGUAAACUCUGACAACUUCUGGAAGAACCCGAAGGAUGUGGCCACGCCCACGACCCUGGCCUCUCAGGGGCCCCAGGCCUGGGACGUGACCACCACUAACUGCUCAGCCAACAUCAACCUGACCCACCAGGCCUGGUUCCAGGGCCUGGAGCCGCAGUUCCGGCAGUUUCUCCUCUACCGCCACUGCCGCUACUUCCCCAUGCUGCUGAACCACCCAGAGAAGUGCGGGGGCAAUGUCUACCUGCUGGUGGUCAUCAAGUCGGUCAUCACGCAGCACGACCGCCGGGAGGCCAUCCGCCAGACCUGGGGCCGCGAACGGGCGUCGGCAGGCGGGGGCCGGGGUGCCGUGCGCACCCUCUUCCUGCUGGGCACGGCCUCCAAGCAGGACGAGCGCAUGCACUACCAGCAGCUGCUGGCCUAUGAGGACCGCCUCUACGGCGACAUCCUGCAGUGGGACUUUCUUGACACCUUCUUCAACCUGACCCUCAAGGAGAUCCACUUCCUCAAGUGGCUGGACAUCUACUGCCCCCACGUCCCCUUCAUCUUCAAAGGCGACGAUGACGUCUUCGUCAACCCCACCAACCUGCUAGAGUUUCUGGCUGACCGGCAGCCACAGGAAAACCUGUUUGUGGGUGACGUCCUGCAGCACGCUCGGCCCAUCCGCAGGAAAGACAACAAAUACUACAUCCCGGGGGCCCUGUACAGCAAGGCCAGCUACCCGCCGUAUGCAGGUGGCGGUGGCUUCCUCAUGGCCGGCAGCCUGGCCCGGCGCCUGCACCAUGCCUGUGACACCCUGGAGCUCUACCCCAUCGACGACGUCUUCCUGGGCAUGUGCCUGGAGGUGCUGGGCGUGCAGCCCACAGCCCACGAGGGCUUCAAGACUUUCGGCAUCUCUCGGAACCGCAACAGCCGCAUGAACAAGGAGCCGUGCUUCUUCCGUGCCAUGCUGGUGGUCCACAAGCUGCUGCCCCCCGAGCUGCUGGCCAUGUGGGGGCUGGUGCACAGCAACCUCACCUGCUCCCGCAAGCUCCAGGUGCUCUGACCCCGGCCGGGCCACCAGGACAGGCCAGGGCACGUGCUCCUGAGCCCCCAUCAUAUCGGGGCUGGAACAGUAGUGCCCGGGCCUAGCCCUUGGUCCCCAAGGGGAGGUGGAGGGUGGAGGCCUACGUGCCACUGGGUGUGCUGGGGUGCAGAUAGCCAGAGAGGGACCUCCCUGUGUGGAUAAUUCCAGCAAACAGGCCCAGGAACGGCUGGAGCUGCCCAGUCUGGGGGCCCUCUCUGAGAAGCGACCUGGUCCGUGGCUGGCCCCUCAAACCUGGUGGGAGGUCCUCGCGAUCUCUGGAGGCACUGUGUGCUCAGGUACCUGGCUAGGCUUGGCCUGAUGAGUCUGUGGCCGCCCCUCAUCUUCACAGGGAAGAGUCUUCUGUGAAAUGCCUCAGUCUCCCCAGGGGCCAGGCGGGCCUGGCAGGAGAAACCUGACCCUGUGCAGGCUCACAGGCGCCCCCCAGUCCCCGCGCUGGUCCCCCAGCAGGCUCUCCGCCACCCCAGGCCUGCCUGCAGCUGGGCCAUCUCCCCUCUGGGGCCUCGGCUCCAGGGCCUUCGCUCCUGGCUGUGUCCUGUAACACCAGAGGGGGCAACCGCUCUGACUACCUCAGCGCCCCUCAGAACCUCCCGCCCCUCCCCGAAACAGGGCAGAAGAGCAGCGCUCCUGGCCCCCUGAAACCCCAGUGCUGCCGACCCCAGCCCGAGGCGCGUCCCUCCCGCAGUCCCCACCCUCCCCAGGCCUGGCUCCCUGGCCGGAAAGCAGCCGCUUUGGCCGUGGAAGUGGACAUUCCUCUAUUACUGUGAAGUCUUAUUUAUGAAGAAUGUGGAGGGAGAAGGCUCCAGGCUUCAGGAGGGGGUGGUGUCCUCCCUGGCCAUCCUCCUUCCCUUCCCUCAUUCCAGCUGCCUGCCCCCAGCACCCCCAGGCCCCUCACAGCCCCCUCCAGAGCCCUGCCCGCCCUGCACCCUGCUUCUGCAGGGCCUAGUGGACCAGCGGCUGCCCUGUGCAGGGUGGCUCAGGCGUGGGGUGGGUGCAGAACGUUGCCACCUCCUACCUCAGCAGGGGUCACCUAGGAAAGAUGGAGGGAUCUGCUAUGUUCUCAAUAAAAUGGGACUU